CAAGGGGGCAGCAUUUCCUUCCCACCCCCACCACCCCCUCCUCCAGGUGGCCCAUUGGCUUUGUCCUCUUCUCACAUGUCUGAGAAUUUGCUGCCGCUGCCACCUCCUCUGCCUUUCUCCAGCUGUCCCCCUCCUCCUGCUCCACCACCUCCUCCAGGAGGACCUCCUCCCCCUCCAGGAGCACCACCUUUCUUCAGCAUGGGGAUGCCACCCUCUUCAACAUCCACCUUCAGCAGCAGUGGCACCGGACUGAAGAAGAAAUCUAUCCCACAGCCUUCACACCCACUAAAAUCCUUCAACUGGGCUAAACUGAGUGAGGAGAGGAUCCAUGGCACAAUCUGGAAUGAGAUUGAUGAUUUAAAAGCGUUCAAGGUGCUGGAUCUAGAAGAUUUUGAAAAGAUGUUCUCCGCCUAUCAGAGACACCAGGACCUGCUAACUAACCCUUCCUCCUGUAAGCAGAAAGAGAUGGGUUCAACAGAAGACCUUUACCUCUCCACACGAAAAGUGAAAGAGCUCUCUGUGAUUGAUGGUCGGAGAGCCCAGAAUUGUGUCAUCCUCCUUUCCAAGCUGAAGCUGUCUAAUGAAGAAAUCAGACAAGCAAUCUUGAAGAUGGAUGAACAAGAAGACCUAGCAAAAGAUAUGCUUGAGCAGCUGCUGAAGUUCGUUCCCGAGAAGAGCGAUACUGACCUGUUGGAGGAGCAUAAACACGAAAUCGAGCGCAUGGCCCGGGCGGACCGUUUUCUCUUCGAAAUGAGCAGGAUUGACCACUAUCAGCAGCGGCUGCAAGCGUUGUUCUUUAAGAAGAAGUUUCCAGAGAGGCUGGCAGAAGCAAAGCCAAAAGUAGAAGCCAUUCUUCUGGCAUCCAGAGAACUCAUCCGAAGCAAGCGUUUGAGGCAACUCCUGGAGGUAGUUCUGGCCUUUGGAAAUUACAUGAACAAGGGCCAAAGGGGAAGUGCAUAUGGCUUCAAAGUCUCCAGCCUGAACAAAAUUGCAGACACCAAAUCCAGCAUAGACAGGAACAUUACACUGUUGCACUACUUAAUUAUGAUCUUUGAAAAGAAUUAUCCAGAUAUCCUAGAUAUUCAGUCUGAGCUGCAGCAUCUCCCAGAAGCAGCAAAAGUCAACCUGGUAGAGCUGGAGAAGGAAGUCAACAACAUAAAGACUGGAUUGAAAGCUGUUGAAGCUGAACUGGAUUAUCAGAAGAGACGGAUGCGGGAAUCAGGGGACAGGUUUGUUCCCGUCAUGAGCGAUUUCAUCACUGUGGCCAGUUUCAGCUUCUCAGAGUUGGAAGACCUUCUCAACGAGGCUAGAGACAAG